AUGGCCUCACCCCAACCCAACGGCAGCAGCGCCGACAACGAAGGCAACACGAACGGCGCAACACUACCGCAGAACAAACUCCUGGAAAGAGUCGUCCGCACCCCCGGACGCCAGCCCUCCCCCCAACCCACCCACCUCUCCGUCCCCGGCUCCGUGCAAAGCCAUGUCCUCCACGAAACCGGCUCGGGCUACGUCGCGCCCAAAUUCGAAGGCAAGUCGCAGCAGAUGGAAGAAGUCAUGGACGCCGUGGAGGACAAAGGCUUCAUCCCGGCCGACUUGGUGGAGAGCGAGACGAAAUGGUUCUACAACGAGCUGGGGAUCGACGACAUGUAUUUUAGCACCGAGACGUCGGCGGAUAUCGUGAGCCAUAUCCACUCGCUGUACGCGGCGAAAGUGGCGGCGUACGCGCGGGAUGAUCGGCAGAUGGAGAUCCGGCUGGAUAAGGAGGCGAGUGAUCAUGCGGUGUAUAUUGAUACGAGUCUGCCUGGGGUCACGGCGCUGGGGGGGAGUAAGUUUGAGCAGCGGUUGGAGGAGAAGUAUCUGGAUGGGAGUAGGGGGUUGAAGAGCUUCCGCGUGGAGUCGUUCAGGUCGCCGAGUCAGAUGCCGGAUGGGGGGGAUGCGUCGUUGAGGUGUUAUUUUGUGUAUCAGAGCGUGUUCAAGAACCAGAACCCGGAGGAGGGGGAGACGAGUAUCGAUGUGCUCGCGGAUCAGCGGUUUUUGCAGAAGGCGACGAAGAAUACCAAGGAGAUCUACCAGCGGUUGAUGGAGAGGGCGGUGACUCGGCAUGGCCCGGUGCUGGAUAUGUACGAGAUUGCGGGCACGAGGGAGAAGCGGUUGAUCGUGGGCUUCAAGCAGGGGUCCGCGUUGGGCAUGUUCGCGGCGCUGAGCGAUCUCUACCAUUACUAUGGUCUGACGUCUUCGCGGAAGUACGUGGAGCAGUUCAGCAAUGGCAUUACGAUCAUGUCGCUGUAUCUGCGGCCGACGGCGGGGAAUUCGACGAAGCAUCCGCCGAUUGAGGCGAGUAUACAUCAGAUUCUGAAGGAGAUCUCGUUGUUGUACUGCAUUCCGCAGAACAGGCUUCAGGGGCACUUCAUCAGUGGAAGAUUGUCUCUGCAGGAGUCCAUCUAUGCGCAUUGCGUGUGGGUGUUUGUGCAGCACUUCUUGAACAGGCUGGGGAAUGAGUACAACACGCUCAUGUCUGUGCUGGACUCGAGCAACAACGUGCAUGCUGAGCUGCUGUCGAAGCUGAAGAAGCGGCUGCGGACGGAAACCUUCACUGCGGAUUACAUCCUCGAGAUCAUCAACCAGUACCCGGACCUCAUCCGCUCGCUGUACCUGGCCUUUGCGAGCACGCACUAUGUCCAGACCAGAGGCGAGCAAGACGACUUCCUACCAACACUCUCCUACCUCCGCAUGACCGUCGACAAGGUCUUCACGGACGCCGAGCUCAAAGACAUGAUCUCGAAGACAGCAGUCAACGAGCACCACGAAAUGGUCAUGACGGCCUUCCGCGUCUUCAACCAGGCCACGCUGAAGACCAACUUCUACACCCCCACCAAAGUCGCCCUCUCCUUCCGGCUGAAUCCCAGCUUCCUACCAUCAGAAGAGUACCCACAGCCUCUCUACGGCAUGUUCCUGGUCAUCGGCUCAGAGUUCCGCGGCUUCCAUUUGAGAUUCCGGGAUAUCGCGCGUGGUGGCAUUCGCAUCGUCAAGUCUAGGAGCCGCGAAGCGUAUGCCAUCAACACGCGAUCGCUGUUCGACGAGAACUACAACCUCGCAAACACGCAGCAGAGGAAGAACAAGGAUAUUCCUGAAGGUGGUAGUAAGGGUGUCAUUUUGCUUGACAUCCAGCAUCAAGACAAGGCGACGGUGGCGUUUGAGAAGUACAUCGAUAGCAUUAUGGACUUGCUUUUACCGCCGACAAGCCCGGGGAUCAAAGACCCGAUUGUGGAUCUGCAUGGGACGGAGGAGAUCCUGUUCAUGGGACCGGACGAGAACACAGCCGAUCUCGUCAACUGGGCUACAAUGCACGCCAAAGAGCGAGGAGCGCCCUGGUGGAAGUCCUUCUUCACCGGCAAAGCGCAGCGACUCGGCGGCAUCCCCCACGACAAAUACGGCAUGACCACGCUCAGCGUCCGCGAGUACGUCCUCGGCAUCUACCGCAAACUCAACCUCCAACAAACCCAAGUCCGCAAGUUGCAGACAGGCGGUCCCGACGGCGAUCUCGGCUCCAACGAGAUCCUGCUCGGGGACGAGAAAUACUGCGCCAUCGUCGACGGAUCCGGCGUGCUCGUCGACCCCAACGGCCUGGAUCGCAGCGAACUGCUGCGGCUGGCGAAAGAGCGCAAGAUGGUCGUCAGCUUCGACGUGUCCAAACUCUCUAGUGCUGGCUACCGCGUGUUGGUGGAAGACAUGAACACCACCCUCCCCUCGGGAGAGGUCAUCAACAACGGCACCACGUUCCGCAAUACCUUCCACCUGCGCAACCAAGAACACUACGACGUCUUCGUGCCCUGCGGGGGUCGACCCGAAUCGAUCGAUUUCUCCAGCGCCAGCCGCUUGAUCUCCGAAGGAAAAUCUACCAUUCCUUAUAUCGUCGAGGGAGCCAACCUCUUCAUAACCCAAGAAGCCAAGCUCCGCCUCGAAAAAGCCGGCUGCGUCGUCUUCAAAGACGCUUCCGCCAACAAGGGAGGCGUCACGAGUUCAUCCCUCGAAGUCCUCGCCUCCCUGUCGUUUUCCGACGACGAGUUCGCAAAACACAUGUGCUGCGCCGAAGACGGCACGAUCCCGGAUUUCUACUCCGAGUACGUGAAGCAAGUCCAAUCCAUCAUCCAGAACAACGCACGACUCGAAUUCGAAGCUAUCUGGCGCGAGCAUGAGAGCAGUGGGGUGGCGAGGAGUAUCCUGUCCGAUCGCCUGAGCGAAGCGAUUACAAGGAUGGACGAGGAGUUGCAGGGCACGAUGUUGUGGGAGAACGGUGAACUGCGGGAUAGUGUGUUACGAGACGCGCUGCCUAAUCUGCUGCUGCAGAAGGUGGGGUUGGAGAGGAUUUUGGAACGGGUGCCGGAUGGGUAUUUGAGGGCUAUCUUUGGCUCGUACUUGUCGAGUCGCUUCAUCUACACGAUGGGCAUCUCGGCGUCGCCGGUGAGCUUUUUCGCCUUUAUGCAGGAGAGGAUUGUGAAGAUGCAGAAGGGGCGGUAG